UCGGCAGUCAAGCGCAAAUCCCAUUGAAUUUAUUUUUAUAGUUGUUGUAAAGUUGAUUAUGUUAAUGCGAUUUAAUUCGCAUCGGAGUCGCAGUUUUAUGGGGAAUUUAUGCAAUCCUGCCUAUGAAAUAUUGCCAGUGAUUUAUCCUCCUGACGUCGGCAGCGAGGCAGCGAUUUAAGUAAAUUGAAAAAGGGCCCGGACGGGAUAGAAGGGAUAAUCCCGCCAAAUGGGAAGUGGGAAAUGGGAAGACGUAACAGAGUUCCGCCAAUGAGUCGGAUCAUUCGGAUGCACAUGCACACUAUCAGCCAUCAACUAUCAGCUUGGCAAUGACUAAGACAAACAAGGAACACCAGCAGCAAGGCACUAAAUGCAAUUUCAGCUACACUACGGCAAACAGGAUACACAGCCAGGACGCGAGGCAGCAGGCGAAAGACAAAGACCCGGGCAGAUUGCAAUCCAAGGGAAGACGGGUAAAUGGCCUCAGACACUGGGCGUUUGAGCAAUCCGCACCUAAUCCAUUAAUCAAAGAGCCUGCUCUGCCAGAUCCAGUUUGCUCACCUUUCAGGGGAAUUACAGAAGAGCUAGCAGCAGGGGAGCAGGUGACGGCCAUUCAAUUGCACGUUGGCGAGACAAUAAUUAGCAGCAAUGACAAAUAAUUUGAUGGCAAAUCCAACAAAAACAAACACGCGGGGAAACAGUGCCCAUAGACAACACAGAGAGAGUGUGCCCAGUAAUUAGCCCACGGCCGGGACUAAAAUCAUUUCCAUUUCGA